AGCAGAUUUAAAUACUUUGGUCACAGAGAAAGACACGAAGAAGGAGAACGAGGAACAUGUAGUUUUUGUCUAUCGAGAAUUUUUAGAUCAAAAACCUUCGAACAUUGAAACCACAUCCGAUAACUGUCUUUAAAAAGAUCAAAUAAAUCUGGCGUGAUAAAAAUCUAAUGAUGGAGUUUAAUGGUGCGUUAGAGUUGGGAAAAGUUAAUAUUUAAUGCAAUGGUAGGUAGAAUACUGACCUAACACACACACACUCACACACACACACACACACAGUCUGUCCACGUGCACACAGAUCACACACUCCAUCUUGUUUAGUGACUUGAUUCACACACUUUAUCUCUCCUCAGUGAGUGUGUGUGUGUGUGUGUGUGUGUGUGUGUGUGUGUCUCACGCCGUCACUCUUCCUUUGGAACCAUCAGAGUGGCAGAGAUGUCAAACCUCUCUCUCUCCCACACACACACACACUGUCAGUAUUGUUUAGGCAUCAUGAAUGGAUGAAUGAUGAAAAUUGUGUGUGUGUCAGAGAGAGAUGAUGAUCAUCAAGAGACUGAAACAAUUGAGAGAGAGAGAGAGAGAGAGAGAGAAAGAAUGUGAGAAAGAGGGAUGAGAUAGAAAAAAUGAAAGAUGACAAAGAAGUAGAGGAUGCUGGAGGAGAAGAGAAGAAGAAAGGCUGAAGGUUGCCAUGUAGUAGAGAGGGAUGUAGAAAAAGAUGUAGAAAAAGAAGAGAAAAAGCUAGGAGAGAAAGAGAGAAUCAGAAAUAGAGAGAGACAGAAAGAGAAAUAGAGACAGAGAGAGAGAGAGAUAAUGAGAGGCAGAGAGCAAGAAAGUGGGAAAGAGACAGAAAGAGACAGAGAUAUAGAGAGAAAAUGAAAAAAAGAAAGAAAGAAAAAUAGAGAGAGCAAGCCAGACAGAGAAUUAGAGACAACGAGAGAGAGAGAGAGAGAGAGAGAGAGAGAGAACAAUAGACAGAAAUGAGAGAGACAGAGAGAGAAAGAGACAGAUAGAGGAAAAAUCUCUGACAUUCUUCAUCACUUUGCGUUAAAGUCGUGAACGAGGAGCCACCUGUCCGCUCUCUCUGCCUCGUUAACCCGCCUCAUUAGUGCAGAUUUCUGUCGUUGCAUCAAGCUUCUCAUCAACGGUUUUACCCAUAAUGCAUUUGCAUCACUAACAUGGGAGCGUUAAAAAAUACGAUUCCGUCCAAAUGUUUGGAAAAGUGGUUCAAAAUUAAACGUGAAACACAAUGACAUCAUCAAAUAACCUCCAACCAAUCACAAGCAGCCGCGAACCCGAAGGACGGACCUGCAUUCUAGAGAACAACGAUGUAGCCGAGGGAACUCAUUACAGGAGGUUAUGAAUAGCUAGCUAACAUAGCUAACCAGGUUCGUGUGAGGGGAAAAAAAUUCUGAAUUAAUUUAUACGCUAGGCAAAUAUUUGUCGUUUUUCAAUUUCAUUUCUUGUCUUAUUUUUUCAGAAUCAGAUUUUAACUUAGAGUUUUGGUCAAAUAAAAGAGCUGAAAGUUACAGUUACGAGUCGACGUGUCAGAAAUCGCUAGUUUUUGUUUGUUAGCCACUGACUGAAGUUUCCUCGAUAUUUCGGCCAGAUCAAGAACACGUCCAGGAAUUUUAACUUGUGAAAAAAUCUCACAAUUCUCCUGUUAUCCGAGGAUUACAGAUUGAAUAAUAUCAUCUGUCGAUUAUAUCGUUAUUAAACUCAUUAAUGUACGAUAUUUUACAGAUAAUAAAUUGCUCUGGAAAAGAAAACAUGCACAAAUCCUGAGAACGAUUAAACGUACACAACACGUUAUUACAUAAGAGUCCUUAUAAAAUGUACUAGAGAUUUUAUUUAUAGUACAAAUACAGAAAUAAGACUCGUUUCUUUAAAAAUUUAGUUUGUCACAGCAGCUGAUAUACGACAAAAAUAUGUUAUUUUCUAGAAAAGCAUAUUAGACUGGUUGUUUGUUAAGAAGAAAUUAAUUAGCUUAGCCUCAUCUAAAACGACUUCGAAAGAGAAUGUAUCUGAGAACUUAUCUGACAGUACCAAAAGAAAUAAUAAAAUAUAGAAUAUAGUCCUCUUUCACUUUUAUGUUUUAUAUUGAAAAGACCAAACUGUGAAAACUUUUUUUUUUAUUCACCGAGAAGUUCACAAAGUUCUCGAUUUGAUCAAUUUUUUUCUCUCUUUACAUUCCAGUUCUCUGACUUUCCAACACUUGCAUCAUCAUUAUCGCUUCUCAUGUUCUACUCCGUACGUGGCUGGAAGACCCCAUGAGGUGCAACUCAGAAGUGAACCUUCCACUACAGGAGCAGCAACUACCACCAGCGUCCAGGAUAUUGUGGCUUCCACUACAGGAGCAGCAACUACCACCAGCGUCCAGGAUAUUGUGGCUUCCACUACAGGAGCAGCAACUACCACCAGCGUCCAGGAUAUUGUGGCUUCCACUACAAGAGCAGCAACUACCCCCGGCGUCCAGGGUAUUGUGGCUUCCACUACAAGAGCAGCAACUACGCCCGGCAUCCAGGGUAUUGUCACUUCCACUGCAGGAGCAGCAACUACCCCCGGCGUCCUGGGUAUUGUGGCUUCCACUACAGGAGCAGCAACUACCACCAGCGUCCAGGAUAUUGUGGCUUCCACUGCAGGAGCAGCAACUACGCCCGGCAUCCUGGGUAUUGUGGAUCUGUGAACAUCAUCAUCAUCAUCAUCAUCUUCAUCUUCUUCACAGUGUCUCCUGCUCGAUAUGGACUUUUUGGAUGUUUAUGACAUUUCCUCGUCUUUUCUGUCCACUAUCGUCCUUUUAAUGGUCAGGAGUUUUUUUUCUUAAUUCAUCUGUUAUCAACUUUUUCUCUUCACUUUAUUGGUCUUUAUUAUUCAAUUCAGUUCAAUUCAGUUUUAUUUGUAUAGCACUUUUAGCAAUGGACAUUGACACAAAGCAGCUUUACAAAAAUAUAUAAAUUCAGGAUAAAAUUCUAAAUUUAAUAUGCAUCUGUGUUCUGAUUGGCUGAGAGCAUCAGGUGGCUUGCAGAUGGCUUUAGCAUUUAGUGGUAAAUGAUGAAUUAUAAAUAUUUUGGUAGUGCACUUAAAAGUUUUGGUCCCAACUGUAUAAGAACUUUUUUUUUUUUAAAUUAAGAGACGCUUUUCAUUUCAUCAAAUCAUCUUUAUUUCAUCCGUGUCUCUGCCUUUAACAGCUCCUUCAUCCUGAACAUGUCCAAUCCGCACACAUCAAAUAUUCAGCGGGACAGAAAAUGUUCCUUUCACUCGUCCCAAUGUUUUAUUAAUCUUCUAAUAUCAUCUUAUUCCUAAAGCUCUUAAAAAAAAAGAGAGAGAGAGAAAGAGAGUCUGGACUUUGAAGCUCCUAUCUCACACAUGAAGAGAAAUAAAAGAUCAAUCUUUUCUCUAAAAUAUGACUUUGACUGCAGAUUAGGGAUAAGAUCAGUGUUGAACUGAUUAAACAGUGGGGUUUUUUUUAGCUUUUGAAACCGUGUAGUUGUCUAAAUUUAACACGUGACAGAAAAAGAGCAAGAAAGAAAUGUAACAGAAUGUUAAUAGUGAAGAUAAAAUGGAUAAAAAAAUAAAAAAACAUCCCAUAAAUGGAAUUAAAAUAGAA